AUGGGGGUAUUGCUCACCCUAUUUCAGCUCCCCAUUUUACUCUUGAAUCUUGAUUCAAAUCCGUUUCACCGACUCUUUCAGGUUGUUUACGGAAGAGGAGGGUUUUUAUGCGGGACAUAUGGGUUUGUAGACAGCUCCUCGGCAGAACCAUUGACUCACGGGACUCCUGGACCUGAGCAGGAAGUGACUUAUAAAGAGGAAAAAUUAGUGGAACCCGAUUCACGGGCAGAAGUAGUAAUAAAUGAUGGUACAAGUGCAUCUCCAGCUAAAUCAUUGGACGCCGUGGGCAAUCAAAAUGAUCAAGCAGUAACUAUGGAAGGAUCAACGAAUUCAUGGGUGUCUCCUGGAGAAGGACACAUUGAAGAUAAAUCUGCUGUUGUCAAAGGCAUAGACUCACAAACAGAUGUUCCGAAGGAGGCUCUUGUUGUAGAGGCCUCUGAAGUGAAGCGUAAGACUGUAAAGCGUACCUUCAAAUCGGAGAAGGAUUUUUUGGAGUUCACUCUGAAGUACCGACAAGUUCUUGCUGAAAGAGAUUCUGCCAUUGCUGUUAGAGAUAAACUUGAGUCAUUGUGCAGAGAGCUACAGCGUCAAAACAAACUGUUGAUGGAUGAAUGCAAACGAGUGUCAACUGAGGGCCAAGAUUUGAGAUUAGAUCUAUCAAACAAGUUUCAGGAUGCAAUCAAGGAAGUAAGCAGUAAGCUGGAGCAGCAAAAAGAUGAUUGUCUAACCCAGCUGAAAGAGAAUGACAUGUUAAAAACCAAGUUAAAGCAAUUUGCUGAUCAAUAUACCCUUUCUGAACAGCAACAUGCCCAGAAGUUGAAACAAAAAACACUUGAACUUCAGCUUGCUGAUUUGAAACUUCAGCAACAAGAAGAGAAGCUGAAGCAGGAACAAUCCCAAAUGAAAUUGUAUGCAGAACAAGUGGCACAAUUGUUGGCAACUGAAAAAAAUUUGAGGUUGCAGUUGACAGCUGAUGGUGAAAAAUUCCAGCAAUUUCAGGAAGCUUUGCUGAAAAGCAAUGAAGUUUUUGAAACAUUUAAGCAAGAAAUUGAGAAGAUGACAAAAUCAAUGAAAGAACUCAAAAAGGAAAACACCUUCUUGAAGAGCAAAUGUGACAAAACAGACAUUACUCUCAUAGAAUUUGCUGAUGAGCGGGAACGCUUGAAGAAGCAACUGGAGAAAACACGAAAUCAGAAAGAUAAACUUGAAUCAUUAUGCCGGUCACUUCAAGCUGAGCGGAAGGCAAAUUCUGUUGGGGGUAAUAGCUCGGAUUCAGUUCAAGUUUAA